AUCACAGUACGGGGAGUGAUCGCUAGCACAGUGAUUGGGAGCAUUUACAGUGUGGUGUUGAUGAGACUGAGCCUCACAACUGGGGUAGUUCCCAAUCUCAACAUCUCCACUGCAUUUCUUGCAUAUGUGUUCAUCGGUACAUGGACAAAAUUUCUUCACAAGGCCGGAAUUGUCUCGAUUCCAUUCACUAGACAGGAAAAUGUCAUGAUUCAAACUUGUGCAGUUGCAAUUAUUAGCAUUGCUGUUGGAGGGGGAUUUGGUACUUAUCUUUUGGCAUUAAACAAGAAGAUAUAUGAGCAGACCGGGGUUGACACAGAAGGAAAUUCUCCAGAUAGCUACAAGGAACCCGGGAUUGGAUGGAUGAUGAGUUUUCUUUUCCUUGGUUGUUUUGUUGGUCUUUUUGUAUUAAUUCCUCUCAGAAAGAUCUUGAUAAUCGACUACAAGUUGACUUUUCCAAGUGGGAUGGCAACUGCAGUUCUCAUUAAUGGAAUGCAUACCCGAGGAAACAAUAUGGCUAAGAAGCAGGUACGCGGGUUCAUCAAGUUCUUUUGUUAUAGUUUCUUGUGGGGAUUUUUCAAAUGGUUUUACACUGGGAAAGAGGGUUGUGGAUUCUCACAGUUCCCUACUUUUGGACUGCAAGCUUUGAAGAAAACAUUCUACUUCGAUUUUAGCUUGACUUAUGUGGGAACUGGAAUGAUUUGUUCCCACAAUGUAAACUUUUCAGUGCUUCUUGGAGCUGUGCUUUCAUGGGGUCUCAUGUGGCCACUUAUUGGUAAACUUAAAGGAGAUUGGUUCCCUGCUAAUUUACCUGCAGAAAGCAGCUUGAAGGGCUUGACUGGCUAUAAGGUCUUUCUCUCAGUUGCCCUCAUUCUAGGUGAUGGGCUAUACAACUUUGUCAAGAUACUGUAUUUCGCAAUCAAAAAUAUUCAUGGCACAAUCAAACACAAGAAUGAGGGUAGCAAGAACAGUGAUGAUCUAAAAGAAGACCAAUUCUUCAUUAAAGAAAGAAUUCCCAUGUGGGUUGGGGCUGCCGGAUACACCCUCCUCGCCAUCAUUUCCGUGAUUGCGAUUCCUUUCGUUUUCCCCGAGCUCAAAUGGUACUAUGUGGUUGUAGCCUACAUUUUCGCUCCAGCUCUUGCCUUCUGCAAUGCUUAUGGAGCCGGUCUAACUGAUAUAAACAUGGCCUAUAAUUAUAGUAAGCUGGCUCUUUUUGUGCUAGCCUCGUUGGCUGGAAAAGAGCACGGCGUGGUGGCAGGCUUGGCUGGCUGUGGUCUCGUCAAAUCUGUUGUUUCAGUUUCUUGCCUUCUGAUGCAAGAUCUGAAAACAGGCCAUCUCACUCGAACAUCCCCUCGUGCAAUGCUUAUGAGCCAGUCCAUCGGGACAGCAAUAGGAUGUGUGGUGGCUACUCUAAGCUUCUUUCUGUUCUACAAGGCAUUUGAUGUGGGCAAUCCAAAUGGUGAAUACAAGGCUCCUUAUGCUGUGAUCUAUAGAAACAUGGCGAUUCUAGGCGUUCAAGGCCUCUCGGCUUUGCCACGCCAUUGCUUGCAGCUCUGUUGUGGCUUCUUCGCCUUUGCAGUGGGAGUCAACCUCGUGAAAGAUAUUUCGCCUCAGAAGUUCGGGAAAUGGAUGCCAUCGCCAAUGGCCAUGUCCGUGCCCUUUAAUACAGGUGCCUUUUUUGCUAUCGAUUUGUGCGUGGGAAGUUUGGUUGUGCUUUUGUUGCAGAAACUCAAUGCCAUGAAGGCCGAGUUUAUGGUUCCAGCAGUUGCUUCUGGGUUAAUAUGUGGUGAAGGUCUGUGGUAUCUUCCUGCAUCAGUUCUUGGGCUGACCAAAAUAAAACCUCCCAUUUGUAUGAAAUUCUUACCUUCUUAG